UCCUAAUUAUCCAUUUUGUGUGGCCAUGCACACUCUUCAUUCUCCCCCUUUCUCUACCUCUCUUCCCUUUCCUUCCUCCACCUUUCCCUUCCUUCCAUGGCCGCCGCACCCUCCCAUCUCACCUCAUCUUUGGCUCAAAACUACUCUUUUAACCCUCCACGUAUCCCCUUUUCCCGCCGCCAUGCGCCAUGCAUUUCCAAAGUCUCCGGAUUGCCCAUAAAGUAUCGACUUUCCUCCCUGUGGACUCCCAAACCUCGACCCAAGAUUGCGUGUGAGGCGGCAGAAGUAUCUGUGAGUGAGCAAACUCCGACUUCUGGUCAAGGAGGAGGAGGCGAGAACUGGGUUCCGGUAGUCCCGUUGGCGGCGCUGCCAAAAGGAGAAAGACGAGUGAUAAUUCAAGACAGGGAGACCAUACUGUUGUUAUGGUAUAAGGAUGAGGUUUUUGCUAUUGAGAAUAGGUCACCUGCUGAGGGGGCUUAUACUGAAGGCCUCAUCAAUGCCAAGCUCACCCAGGAUGGUUGUAUAGUUUGCCCAACAACUGAUAGCACAUUUGAUCUUCGGACUGGAGCUAUUAAAGAUUGGUAUCCAAAAAAUCCUGUGCUCAGAGUUCUCACACCUGCUUUAAGGACACUCUAUGUUUAUUCUGUAAAAACUGAUGAAGAAAAUAUUUAUAUCAGUCUGAGAGGAGCUGUAAAAUCUGAUGCUUCAGCAGAAAUAGUUUUUAGUGGGAAGGCUCAACCUGGUGUCACUGCAAGUGAUGUCAAUGUAGAUGAGGUGAGAAUGGUAGUGGAUGAAGGACAAGAGGGGUUUGGCUUCACUGGCAAGAAUGAAUUGAUAAAUGGGAAGGCUGCUGUAAUUGGCUUCUUGUUGUUAUUAGAUUUUGAACUCUUGACGGGUAAAGGUCUACUCAAAGGAACAGGCUUCUUAGACUUUCUAUAUGCUGUCUCUGAUGCUUUCAAGUAGAGGCAGCAUUUCUUCUUCAAGGGUAAGAAGUGUUUUCGUUUCGUAGGAAGGUAAAUCUUCUAUUCAGUCGGGACAAGUUGGUAUGUAUAUUUUCUUUUUGUUCUGCUAUUGUAUAUUGUUCUGAAAGAUAGACCAAGCUGAUUCAUGGUUAUAUAUUGAUCCCAUGUAUCUAAUCAAUGUAUACAAUAAAUACAAAUUUUCAAAUUUAAUGAGAAUUGUAACAGUUCAUCUCA